CGGCUCUCCGCAAAAUAGCGACGAACCCCCGGCUAAUCCGAGAAAUCUAGAUGCGGCUGUUUGGGCUCCGAGAAUGCCACCUGGUUACUUCCCAAACGGGCGGUAUUCUCAAAGGGCAUGAUAUGACCUUUUCUUUGAGACGAUGCAUCAUGUACAUUGCGUGAUCGUCAGAUGAAAGCACGAGUAAGAAUGCCAUAAUGGCCGUCGUCGUCCAACCUUCUGCUGCUGUUGCUGCGCCAAAGCAUCUCCACGGCGAAAUCCCUUCGAGGAAGCUGACGCGGGAGGAGCUUCUCAAGACGCACAAGACGUAUCUGAAGAGGAACGAUGUGAACCCAGAUGCGCCGAGGCCCGUCAAGCAACCGGAACUGGCCGAAGCGUACCCGGCGUCGACCAAGUCGAUACAUGAUGUGGAGAUUAUACCCUUGGGCGACCUCGCAGGCGCCGUGAGCGUGGUUGAAGACGCGUUCGGAAAUGUCGACAAGCUGGCCGUCUACAACCAGCCCGAUUCCUCCACCCUGUCGGCUGUACCCGAAGGCUGCGUCGUGGCCGUCAAGGAGCCGUACUACACGCACAACGGCGCCGCGCACGACUACAUGAUCUGCGUCGACCACCCAUCUGAUGUGGUGCUGCUGCGCUUUACCGACCCGUUGAUUCCCGAGCCGCUGCGUCUAGGGCCGCUGCUGAAGUCGGCCAAGGAGUGGCGCACCGCCGGCGACACAGCGUUUAUCGAGAAGGAUUACCCGACUGCCGUGUUUUGCUAUACCGAAGCCCUGGAGACUUUUGAAGACGACAAACUAAAAGCGCCCGUAUACACAAAAUGGGCGGGCACAAAUCUACUGCUUGGCCGGUACGAUGCCGCCCUUGCCGACUCCCUCGCGUCGCGUACCGGCGGGGUAGGUGACUGGAAGGCCUACUACAAUGCUGGACGGGCAGCAUACGGGCUGUGCCAAUACGCGACUAGUCGUGAGUACUUAUCGCGGGCGCUCCAGCUGAACGCCGAAGGGGCUGGGGGCGGUGUACGGCGCGAGCAUGCUCGAUGUUUGGCGCGGCUGCGUGAGGAAGAACAUGGUGACUACGCCUUUGCAACGAUGCUGGCGUCACUCAACCCGCAGCGCGUUCACCUCGACUGUGGCUCGUUCUUGCGGAGGACGCGCAUUGCCGAGUCGCAGCACCACGGUCGAGGCUUGUUCGCCACUGAGGCCAUCCGAGCCGGCGAGCUGGUCUUUGUCGAGAAGGCGACACUCAUGCCCAACCAGUACGAGCCGAUGCGGGCGUUGGCCGCGCUGUACGCCAUGAUUGUGCGCCAGCUUUGCGAGAACCCGUCUCUGGCGCGGUCGGUACUGACGCUAUAUGCGGGCGAAGAGCUACCGGAGAGAUCAGUCGAGCCGGGGACUGCAGUGGACGGUGUUCCGAUUGUUGACGUAUUUCUGGUCGAAGGGAUCAGCACCAAGAACAGUUUCAGCGCGCCACUAACGUCCAUCGACAACACGAAACCCACUCCUCCCGGCGCCGCGGUCCGCAUGGCAAAGGGUCUCUGGGCCCACGCCAGCCACAUGAACCACAGCUGCGUUCCUAACACGAUGCGAUCGUUCUUAGGCGACAUGCUGAUCAGCCGGGCGACGCGCGAUAUUGUAGCGGGCGAGGAACUCUUUCAGCAGUACGUGCCCGUCAAGUCGCUCCUCGACGGGCGCAAUGCCGAGUACAAGGGCAGCUGGGGCUUUGAGUGCGCGUGCACGCUUUGCACGGGAGAGCGCAAGUCUCCGCCAGCCAUGCUCAACCGUCGUCGCGAAGCCCUCGCCGCCGUCGAAAAGGCCUGCAACAAGCGCCAGCCCGGUCGCGACGGCAUCAUGGUUGUGCCCGAUGCUGUCAUACGCAACAUUGACCGUCUCGCGCGCCAGCUCGAGGACCUGCAUGAACCCGAGGUGUAUGAUAAGUUGCCGCGGCUCCCGUUGAUCUAUUCCUCGAAUUGCGGCCGCCGAAGAGGCGGAGCGGGGCCGGAUUAUCGACUACGAGGCCGGCGUCGACUAUGA